GUCGUUGUAAGAUACGUAAAGGCCACGGAGGCGUUGGUGGGGCACUAAUCCAGGCAUCAAGAGAAGUCCUUGAAAGAUGGUCUUAACUGGUACAGGAGGAGAUUGACUUUCAGGUUCACACCAAGCAAAAUGGCUGCCUCUUCGUCAUCCUCUUCAGCCGGUGGCAUUAGUGGGAGCUCUGUAACUGGAUCUGGGUUCAGUGUCUCAGACCUUGCCACGCCACGGAAAGCUCUCUUUACCUACCCCAAAGGAGCUGGGGAAAUGUUAGAAGAUGGCUCGGAGAGAUUCCUCUGUGAAUCAGUUUUCAGCUACCAGGUUGCAUCCACAUUAAAGCAAGUGAAGCAUGAUCAGCAGGUUGCUCGGAUGGAAAAACUUGCUGGUUUAGUUGAAGAACUGGAAGCAGACGAAUGGAGGUACAAGCCCAUAGAACAGCUUCUGGGGUUCACUCCUUCAUCGGGUUAAAAGCCUGCAGUUUGUGGAUGUGAAAAGAUAAAGCGCUUGCGUAACUCUGUUCUAAAACGCUUGGAUAUUCUCCCAGCAGUGUAGUGAAGAAUAAUCCAUGGCGGAUGUUCCUGUUAUCAGAUCCAGUGAACUGCAGCCGCACAACAGUUUUGCAAAACCCUUUCAGACUAACCUUUGUUUCAGGAGGGUGUGAUUUCUGUAACCAAGAAACUGCAAUCUGUUUUGGAAAACUGUCUGUUUGGCUUAAGUGAGAGUUGUGUUACGCUCUGUUGAACGCACCAAAGGUGAAUGCAUGCUCCAAGCACAUCAGUCUAAAGCAUCCACGGUGAGAGGCUUGCAAGAUAAGUUCAUCGAGAAGAUUUAUUGCCCCACAGGAUAAAUGGCAGCUGAUACCAAGAGCUGCUCCUCAGAGUUCGUUUUCAGGCCCUGCAAAUGAAUGUGAAUCUUGCAGACUUGUUUGUGAGGCAUGAAGAGGGGGGCAUCAGACAUGAAGGACUGCACAUUGUCUUGUAUCAAGCACUCCAGAGCAAGCAGUAGAGCUAGUAAGGUGGGGAAAUCAAAUUCCUCUGUGUUCUUCUUCUUGUCCCUCCUACUCUUUGUUUACUCAGUGCUACUCUCAGGGACUUCCUUUCUUCCAGCUCACUCCUUUUCUGUUUCCACUUCUGUGUAGUAAUCUCCACGAGGGCAAGGUGUGCUCUUAGCAUCUGUCCUUAGCCUAGAUAGGUAGUGAGAAUGCCUGUUCUUCCCUUUCCUAUAAAGUUCCUUAACAAUAAAAGGUGUCCUUUUCUCUCUUAAAGCAAAAAGUGUUGUGUGGACUUUAUUCCUAAAGCAGCCUUUCCCUUUUACUGUGCAAAUCAAAACAAUGCUAAAGAGACUUGCAAGCAAGGAGUCAAACUGAGCCCAAAGUGGUUCAGAGAGGUUUUUUCAGCUAACAGGAACUGAAUUUGAAUCUAAAAUCUCUGUUGCUUUGGGCCAGACCUUGAACUGAAGCCAUAAAUACAAAAAGUUGUAAACGGUUCUGUAGUUGGAAUCUCCCAAAUGCCUUUUGAGAGAUGGUGAGGGUUCCUGUCUGUUACAGCUGUAUCUGGAGAACUCGUAUUUCCCAGUGAGUCAUCUGAAAAGAGGAGGAGUGGGAGAGGUGGAGGCUUGUCCAGCAACAAGGCCUCAGUGUGGAGGGUUCCCAAACUGAGUCUAGACACUCAUUUUCUGCAGUCACACGCAUUGAGUAAUCCACUUUCAGUGCGUUUUCCAAC